ACAACAACAGAUACUUCCGAGCAAACAAAACUCUGAUUAGUUAUUUAAAUUAACGAGACUUAGAAGUGUUGUCUUACCAUUUUUGUAAACUACAAUAAAACAAAAAAAAGUAUUAACGAAUUAGUAAAAAAAACAAAUAAACACACACCGACAUACACACCAUACCUACUGGUACAUUGGUGGUGGCUGGCUUAUAUAUAGGCAAUCUAAUUGAGAAGAAGACCACAAGAACGCGCAAUGUACGAAAACUUCCAGCUAAGGCAGCAGCGUCAAGACGAUGACUUCCAUAGGGAGAACGUUGUGCCCAUAAAGCUAAACGAAUCGUGGGCCGGUAGACGUCUCAUAGAGGCGCUGAGUCACUUGCCCCCACAAAGCCUGAGUUCAUCAUUGGAUAUGCGGUUCCAGAGAAAACAGCUAUUGGAACGUGAACAGAAGAAAUUGGCUUUGACUGCAGGUGACGAAGUCACUGAAACAACAUCUGUCGCUUCGAAAAAUGCAAUUGGCAAUGGAAAGGUCCGUCAAAUGUUUGAACAACGUCGCGGUGUUGGCAUUGAUCGCAGUCAUCCGCUGAAACCCAUAACGACCACGACAACCACCACAACAAAGACAAUAACAAACCAGCCUGCUACAAUGCGUCGCAUGGCAGGAGGUGCGAACACAAUGACCACAAGUCGCCGAACUGUGGUUACCACUAAACAAUCCAGCACUUCACUCAUGAGAAAUUCCCACUCAAAUCCGAAUACCUUCUCUUCAAAUGGUAACUUGUUUGGUGAAGAUUUGGAUGAGGUUGAUAAUUUGGAAAGUGAAACAUUCCCCAAAGAAUUUUCAUCGCUAAGUUUGGAUAAUGCACGAGUUAUGGGCCCCCUGGUAAGCGACAACAAUAAUAACAGCAGAAGCUCGAAUGGAAGGUCGCCAGCAUCAACGAAUGGCAUUAGACUAAAUCCAGUGAUAACUAAAAAAUCGCCAAGCACAACAGCGUCCAGAACAACGGCUCAACCGAGAACCUCGAGUAGUGCGAGUCGAACAUCGACAAUGUCCCGCACGUCUACAAUCACAAACGGAUCGUCCAAAUCUCCGGCUAAAACUAAUUCAACUACUAGUCCUGCAAUCUCUACAUCAAAGGGCCUGAAGGUAAAUAAAAAAAGAAAAAUACCUUGGAUACCAUGUCAAAAAAUUUAUUUGUUGUUGUUACUUGGGUAUGCUAUUGCCUGCAUAUUAAACGAUUUCUUCAUUUUUUUUUUUCAGACUACUCUAAAAGUCGUCAAUGGCAAACCAGCAACGUUUGUUAUGGCGGUCAAACCACCACCUCGCAUUAAAACACCUCCCCCUGGCAUGGCUGCUUGUCAAUAUUGUCAGCGAAACUUUAACGAAGAUCGUCUGCAGAAGCAUGAAGACGUAUGCCGCAAAAUGACCAGUACUAAACGGAAAAUAUUCGAUGCCUCCAAACAUCGUGUGAAGGGCACCGAGGCAGAAAAGUAUGUGGCCAAGAAGGGCAAAUUGACAGCGGCCCCGAAAAUAUCGCCUGUUAUUGCUGCUGUCAAAAACAAUGCACAGGCCGAUGGUUCCAAGAAGAGUAAUUGGCGCAAGAAACACGAGGAGUUCAUAAAUGCCAUACGGGAAGCGAAAAAGGUGCAAGCCUAUUUGGCCAAGGGCGGUAAAUUGAGUGACUUACCUCCUCCACCUCCUUCGGAAAAUCCAGAUUAUAUUCAAUGUCCACACUGCAAUCGCCGCUUCAAUGAAUCUGCCGCGGAGCGUCAUAUACCCAAAUGUGCAAAUAUGCAGCACAAUAAACCGAAACCAGUGCAGAAGAAACGUUACUGAUUGAAUGAUGGAUGACUGGUGACAUUUCCAAUUGAGUGGUGGCAUCAUCAAAUCCACAUUCUGGUCUUCUACUUAUUUGUCAUUUAAAUCCUUUUUGCAAGGGACAUUCGUAUUUUUUUACUACUAACUUACACUAAUCUAAACUAUGAGGAAGAGGAAAACCCCAACAAAACUAAAAAUUUACAAAAAGGAUGCGUUCUUAUAUACUCCUGUACAUGUGAUAAAUUACUUGCGAACCCACUAUUUUUGUUUUGUUUAUAGCUGCUCGACGAAAGAACAAUAACGAGUUGAACGAGUUUUUAAUAAUAAAAAGUCAAAUGCAUGAAAUA